AUGUGUUUUUGUGGGUAUAAACCUGAUGGAGCCUUGUCACCCUACAUCACAGCAACAGCAGCUGCCCCCAUCAUCAUCCCAGCAGUUGCAGCAGCAGUUCCUGCCAACAUCCCACCAGUUGCAGCAAGAGGUUCUGCCACAAACUGCACCACCACAAUAGCAGCAGCCACCAAAUUGACAGCCAACACCAUUUCAACCACCUCCUCAAGCGCUACCUCAAUCACUGGCGUCUCAGCAGCAAGCACCAAAGGCACUCCAGCUGCUGGUCUCCAGAUAAAAGCUGAUCCUGAUAAACCAAAUGAUGGAAGUGAAGUUAUGCUAAAACCACAGCAGAAGAAAAGAUCUCUUGCUUUUCAGUUGAAAAAGAAGUUAAGAAAAAGAAAACAAAAUGCACGACUGAGGAAGCUGUUGCAACCAAAGAAUGCCAUGAUGGUUCUGCGUGAACUGAAAGCUGGAAUAAACUUUACAUUUCAGGAGCAUACAAAUGCUCUAACACAAACUAUGUUUGUUGUUAGUGCUGAGGUGGAUGGGAAGGUGUAUGUAGGUGGAGGUUUAUCCAAAUCAAUAGCUAAGCAAAAUGCUGCUGAAAAAGCUCUAAAAGACUUACUUUUGGAAAGAAUGUCUGAUGCAGCAGUGAAAACACAGAAAUGGCAUAAUGCAGAAGUUGUUGAACCCAUGCAGCAGGAAGUGAACAAUGCAGCUGGCAGUGGUGUUUCUGAUGAUGGAAGUAUCGCUGAAAGUGCACAAGCAUUGGGAAAGCCACCAGUCCCAGAGGAUGAUGUGCCAUGGGGAAAUGUGGCUUCAUUUGCCCUGUACAAGUUAUUUACUGAAUGGCAGAGUCAAGGUACACAUGUACCUCUUCCUUUUUGUAAACAGAAACCAGUUUUGCCACCUCCAGCAAGGCCUCUGGUUCUGGCAGCACAUUCUCCCAUGAAAAAAAUUCCAGAAAACCCAACUGGUUGUCAUCCUGUUCUCUUAUUACAUCAUUUAAAACCAGGAAUACAGUUCACUGAAGCUAGGCAGGAACACACACAUCUAGAUGAGAGAUUUACAAUGUCAGUAACUGUUGAUGGGAAGACUUACAGUGGUGUGGGUAAAACCAAAAAGGAGGCAAAGAAAGCAGCAGCUAUUGCAUGUCUUGCUGGAUCAUUCAAGAUAUGCUACUAACUCAUUCUGACAGUAAACAAUAUUGUUUGGACAUAAUGCAUUUCUCACAUGGAAUUUCUGAUCUGUAGUAAAGACUUGGUUAUAUCUGUAGUAAUAUUGACUUUGAAACCUGUUGCCAAC